UAGCUCGGGCAGUGGUCUUCCGUAUGUGCUGUAUGUCAGUAAUCUCAACCGCAGAGGCUCCUCUCUGGUCGGAGGGAGAAGUCAGCUCCCCAGCGGAGCUCCGAGCUACAGCAGCGUCAUGGCGGAGCAGGUCGAGUCUCCGGCUCCCGGUCCAAACCCGCCGCCGGUGCCCACAACGAGCUGGCCGAUUGUCAAGGACGCGUACGAGCUGCAGGAGGUUAUAGGCAGUGGAGCCACAGCCGUAGUUCAGGCUGCUCUCUGCACUCCUCGGCAAGAGCGUGUAGCCAUCAAGCGAAUCAACCUGGAGAAAUGCCAGACUAGCAUGGACGAGCUUCUGAAAGAGAUUCAAGCCAUGAGCCAGUGCAACCAUCCGAACGUCGUGACGUACUACACCUCGUUUGUGGUGAAGGACGAGCUCUGGCUGGUCAUGAAACUGCUCAGUGGAGGGUCAGUGUUGGACAUUAUAAAGCACACAUGUAGCAAAGGGGAGCACAAAUGUGGUGUUUUGGAUGAAGCCAUAAUAGCCACCAUUUUAAAAGAAGUAUUAGAGGGUCUUGAUUACCUGCAUAGAAAUGGACAAAUCCACAGAGAUGUGAAAGCAGGAAACAUUCUCCUGGGAGAGGAUGGCUCAGUGCAGAUCGCAGACUUUGGCGUAAGUGCUUUUCUAGCAACUGGAGGAGAUGUGACCAGACAUAAAGUUAGGAAGACAUUUGUGGGUACCCCGUGUUGGAUGGCUCCAGAGGUGAUGGAACAGGUACGAGGAUAUGACUUCAAAGCUGAUAUUUGGAGUUUUGGAAUCACUGCCAUAGAAUUGGCCACUGGAUCUGCGCCCUACCACCGGUAUCCACCAAUGAAGGUCCUAAUGCUAACACUACAAAAUGACCCCCCAACUCUAGAGACAGGCGUGGAAGACAAAGAGAUGCUAAAGAAAUAUGGAAAAUCUUUUAGGAAACUAAUAACCCUGUGCCUUCAGAAGGACCCCGCUAAGAGGCCUACUGCGUCAGAACUUUUGAAAUGUAAAUUUUUCCAGAAGGCCAAGAAUCGAGAAUACCUGAUUGAGAAGCUGCUUUGUAAAGGACCCAACAUAAGCCAAAGAGCCAGGAAGGUGAGGCGUGUGCCGGGAUCCAGCGGUCACCUACACAAGACGGAGGACGGGGACUGGGAAUGGAGUGACGACGAGAUGGACGAGAGGAACGAAGAAGGCGGGGCGUCUGUCAAUCAAGGAAGGUCACGGAGGGUCAAAGACGAAAUCCAGCAUGGGGAGGUGAACGCCAACAGCGUCCCCACAGAAGGCCUGUCUUCCCAGCAUCCCCAGGUUGAACCACUGGAAAAGAGCCCAAGCUUUCAGGGUGCAGUAAACAUGGUCCUGAGGCUGAGGAACUCGAGGAAGGAGUUGAAUGACAUACGGUUUGAAUUCACUCCAGGGCGAGAUACUGCUGACGGCGUAUCUCAGGAGCUGUUUUCUGCUGGUCUGGUUAAUGGGCAUGAUGUAGUAGUUGUUGCUGCUAACCUUCAGAAGAUUGUAGAAGACCCGGUUACCUGUAAAGUGCUGACCUUUAAACUGGCGUCUGGCUGUGACAGCGCAGAGAUCCCAGAUGAGGUGAAGCUGAUUGGUUUUGCUCAGCUGAGCGUUUCCUAAUGGCCUCCCUCAGACGCAUGAGGAUGUAGAGGGGAGGAGGAGGAGGCGGAGAAACGCCACAGGACAAGUAGCCCCCGUGGGCACGGCUUAGUAACCACGCCCAUGCUACUCCCAGCUCCGCCUCCUCCCACUGGCCUCUCCCCUCUUCACAAUCACCUGCUGCCCUUCUCAAUAUUGUUUGCAUUGCUCAAUUUCCUGGACACGCCAUCCCGCCCCACACGUCCCCAACCACCCAGGACUCCCUGGUCUGCAGCAACUCUCACAACAACAUUCCAUUGCUCAGUUAUCCAAGUAUGGAGCAGAACUCAGCCCUGCUAACUCUCGAUGCUCUCAGGUGGCAAUAGCUAGUGACUUGAAAAAAUAAUAAUAAUAAAAUUAGAAUUUAUGUCGUUAUCAUUGUUGUGUUAAGCUUUCAGCAAAGCUUUUACUAUUAUUAUUAUUAUUUAUUGAAAAAGAUAAUGCCUUUUGUGUUUCUUUCCUCUAGUCUUCAUGUUGCAAGAUUAGCUUUCCUUGGUGCACACGUUAAUCCCGCAAAAUUUAGAGGCUGUGUUGCAUCUCUUAAUAGAAGUGCUCCUUCUGAAUGUAAGAUGUCUUCUUUAGGGGAAAAUUAAGCACAUUUCCAUUGUUCCAUAAUGAAUAUUGUUUUAUUACAAGUGAACUGUACAUAUAAGAGAUAUGUAAUCCAGUAAGAAUUAAUGGAACCAUUUUUUUUUUUCCCACUGGAUGUAUGAAGCACCAAGUGAAUGCUCCCAUGAGCAAACGUUCUGCUUAAUUUUUUCGGGACAGUGUUGAUGCUUAAACGCUAGAGGUGCCUUGUUCAUUAAUCCGUGCCUAAGAACAGAGGUAACAAAUUAAGGCUGUCUGAGGCAAAGGCUGCUUUAUGUUGCUAAACCAACAUUAAGCAGAAUUGCUUCACAGCUGAUAUUCAUUUAAUAGUAUUUACAAUGGUUAAAUGGCUAAUGUUGAGACUACAGAGCCGUAAUGCACUUUGACCUUGGCCAGUGCAAUGUACACGUGCUUCACCCACGGAGGUUCCUCCAGAUUUAACUUAGAAAGCUUUAUUGUGUGACAAAAAGUUCAUCUUAAUGGUAACACAUGAACUGUGAUGUUUAGACAAGAAACUAGCUCCUAAUUUUAAGUAACAGUAGCGCUGUUGUCCUACUAGACUACUACGUGAUGAUGUUUUGGUUCUAGUAUGCAACCAUCUCUGAUUUAUCACAGAAGGAUGUUUAAAUCAAAACGUAUCUACUACUGAGAUCUCAUUCUGAAUUAUGAGUCCAAAAACAAGUACAUUAUUUCCAAAUGACCGUUUUCAGUUGAAAAUAUGAUUAUAUUCAAUGAAAUCGUUAUUUUGUGAAGUUGCAUUUUCUACAUUAUCUGUGGAUCCUGUAAUUUAGCCCUUGUUUCUUUUCAGUAAUCAGCAAAACUGAAAAUGUGAGCAAAAGAGCAACCAAUAAACGACUGCUAUAAUUAACAGACCGGA